AUGAGUUUCACUCUGUACAUCUGCCUGUAUCUGUCCUUUAACUUUAUUUUAUCAGAUUCAGUACUCAGAUCAGGAACCUGUCAGCUUCAAGGACACUUCAGGUUGAAUGGAAUGUUUAAGGAUGGAGAUGUUAUAUUUGGUGGCCUGUUCGAGGUUGACUUCCUCACAGUUUUCCCGGAGCUGAGCUUCAGAACAGAGCCAGAACCACCUUACUGUGAGCAAUUUGAUAUGGAAAGCUUCCAGCAGGCACAGACCAUGGCUUUUGCAAUAGAUGAGAUCAAUAAGAAUCCGAACCUGCUGCCUAACAUCACUCUUGGUUACCAUGUUUAUGACAACUGUGUGAUGCUAGGAAUGGCGUUCCGGGCUGCCAUAUCCCUGGUUAGUGGGACAGAGGAGUUCUUCUCAAAUCUAAACUGCAUUGGCCCACCACCAGUGAUUGGAAUCGUGGGGGAUUCAAGUUCAACUGCUUCCAUUGCAAUUUCCAGUAUCACUGGGCUGUUUCGAUUACCUUUAGUUAGUCACUACGCCACCUGCUCCUGUUUGAGUGACAGAAAAAAGUACCCCUCUUUCUUCAGAACUAUUCCCAGUGAUGCCUUCCAGGUGCAGGCUAUGGUUCAGAUUUUAAAAUUUUUUGGAUGGACCUGGGUUGGUCUUGUCUACAGUGAUGAUGACUAUGGCAUCUAUGCUGCUCAGUUCUUCCAGCAGGAAAUGCAGCUGUUUGGUGGCUGUAUUGCUUUUUCUGAAAUCCUUCCCCAUGAUAACAACCUCAGAGAUAUUCAGCAUAUAACAACAGUGAUUCAGGCUUCUACAGCUAGAGUGGUGGUAGUUUUUUCCACUCCAUCCUUUUUGAUACCUUUGUUGGAUGAUUUAGUGUUGCAGAACAUAACAGGCAGACAGUGGAUUGCAAGUGAAGCUUGGGCCACCUCUCUUGUACACCACACUCCACGUUUACUACCCUUUCUAAGAGGCACUCUGGGGAUCGCCAUCAGGCGUGGAGAGAUCCAGGGACUGCAUGAAUUUCUGCUACGUCUCCAUCCCAGCAAUGAUCCAAAAAAUAAUAUGUUGAGGAUCUUCUGGGAGAAAAUGUUUGGGUGCAGUUUUGAAACUGGGAGUAAAGACAGAGAUGGAGAUCAAGGGAAAAAGAUUUGUACAGGACAGGAGGAUCUGAGAACAACAUACACACCAUACACAGAUGUUUCAGAGCUGAGGGCCACUUAUAAUGUGUAUAAGGCAGUUUAUGCCCUGGCACAUGCGCUUCAUGAUCUAAUGCAGUGUGAGGAGGGUAGAGGACCAUUCAGUGGGAACAGAUGUGCUGACAAAACAAACCUGAAACCUUGGCAGCUGGUUCACUACCUCCAGGAAGUGAAUUACACAACUGACUUUGGGGAUCAUGUGUCAUUUGAUAAGAAAGGAGAUGCUCUGGCCAUAUAUGAUGUCCUGAACUGGCAGCCAAGCUUUGAUGGGUCAAUAAGGGUCAAAGCUGUUGGUGUGGUAAAUGAAGGAGCAGCAACAGGGAUAGUGCUCCAACUAGAUGAAGAUGUAUUAUAUUGGAACUUUGAACCAAAAAAGCCCCCAAGGUCUGUUUGCAGUGAGAGCUGCCCCCCAGGAACCAGACGAGCCACAAGGAAGGGCUUUCCUGUCUGCUGUUUUGACUGCCUGCCAUGCGGAGAUGGAGAGAUUUCUAAUACAACAGAUGCAAAUGAGUGCACAGUAUGUCCAGAUGAGUUCUGGUCCAAUAGAGAUAAGGAUCAGUGUGUCCCCAAAGAAGUUGAGUUUCUGUCUUAUGAGGAACCUCUGGGCAUCUCUCUGACCACUGCAUCUCUGCUUGGCACCUGCUUCUGUGCUCUUGUGAUGGUCAUCUUCGCUAAUCACCGUAACACUCCCAUAGUACGUGCCAACAAUUCAGAGCUCAGCUUUCUGCUGCUGUUGUCACUCAAACUGAGUUUCCUGUGUGUGCUACUGUUCAUUGGUCAGCCACAGUUAUGGACAUGUCAAUUAAGACAUGCUGUGUUUGGCAUAAGCUUUGUCCUGUGUAUCUCCAGCAUCCUGGUCAAGACUAUGGUGGUAAUAGCUGUGUUCAAGUCAUCUCGGCCAGAGGGCAAAGGAGCGAUGAAAUGGUUUGGAGCGGUUCAACAAAGAUGCACAGUUCUAGUCCUAACAGCCCUCCAGGUUGUGAUAUGUGCAGUCUGGCUAUCAACUGCCUCUCCAACACCUCAUAAAAACAACCAGUAUAUCCGCUCUAAAAUAGUAUAUGAAUGUGCUAUUGGCUCAGUGGCUGGUUUUUCUCUUCUGCUGGGAUACAUUGGACUACUGGCAGCAAUAAGUUUCCUGUUAGCCUUCCUGGCGAGAAAUCUUCCAGAUAAUUUUAAUGAAGCAAAGUUCAUAACUUUCAGCAUGUUGAUCUUCUGUGCUGUGUGGAUUGCAUUUGUUCCAGCAUAUGUUAGCUCUCCUGGGAAAUAUGCAGUAGCUGUGGAGAUAUUUGCCAUUUUAGCUUCUAGUUUUGGACUACUGGUGUCCAUAUUUGCCCCAAAGUGCUACAUCAUCAUUUUACAUCCAGAGAGAAACACUAAAAAAGCCUUAAUGGGAAGAGAAUCACAAAAGAAAUGA